AUGGAAGACGAUUUGUUAAUGUCCUUCUUGUCAGUGACUGGUGAGACCGAUCCAGAAAGCGCACAACAUUAUCUAGAGGCUGCAAACUUUGACUUGCAAACUGCUGUCGAGCUAUUCUUUUCAAAUCAACACCAGCCUUCCUCUAGAUCAUCUGCCACAACAACAAAAACCACUUCCGAUGAAAUUAGAUCACCUAUCCCGCAGCAAGCAUCAAGGCUUUACGAUUCAUUCCAACAUCAACAUGAUUAUCAAGGCUUUGGUAGUAGUAACUACAAUUAUCCAUCCUAUAUGCAAAAUUUUAACAGCUAUAAUCAAAGAGGACAAAACCAACAAUUCCAAUCUGCAUCAAGACUAACGAAUUCUGGUGAUGAAUUUUCGGAAAUGUUCAAAAAGCCAGAAAUUGUAUUCAAAGGCACUUUUGAAGAGGCUAAACAAACAGCAGAAAUGGAAGGCAAGUGGUUGAUUGUUGAGAUACAAAAGGAUGAUGUGUUUGAUUGUCAUCGAAUGAAUAGAGACACUUGGGGUAACGAACUUGUCCAGGCUGUACUUUCUCCAUUCUUUAUUUUGUGGCAAGCUGAUGAAGGUACAAACCAGGCUACAUUUUUCAAGGGUAGAUAUCAAGUGUUUAGUUAUCCAUUUGUUUGUGUCAUUGAUCCUAGAACUGGAGAGAAUGUAAAAACAUGGGCUGGAAAAUUUAUUGACGCAUCAACCAUGGUUGACAGUCUUCAGAAUUUUGUAGACAGCCAUUCUUUAUUGGAUCACCUUCCUUCUCCUUCACCCAGUACUCUUCAUGCACCCAAUCCUUUUGAACAUGUUCAGAUUCCAACAGUUUCUUCUCAAAACCGUCCUAUCAACACCGAAACUAUGGAUGACGAAGACGAACAAUUAAGAGCAGCUAUUCAAGCCUCGAUUGAGGAAGCCACAAAGAUGAAUACCUCAGCCGACGAAGAUGUUCAAAUUAUUGAAAAUCCCUCUCAAACAACUACCUCUAACACUACCACUCAACAGCCAACCUCUCAGCCUAUUGUUGAACCUGCAGAUAAGAAGAUAAACGUUUCAGAUUAUCUUACAGAGCAAGGAGAUACCACCAGAAUUCAAAUUAGAUUUCCAGAUGGAAAAAGAGAGGUUAUUAAGAUUCUUAAGAAUGCUCCUCUUGCAGCAAUUUAUGCAGUGUGUAGACAAAAAUUGCAAGGAAGUUCCAUUACAUCUUUUGUUGUCACGUACUUGGACAAGACUCAAAAACAAAAGAAUGUCGACAACACUUUAGAUAGAACAUUGAAUGAUGAAGGUCUAUCAGGCGUUGCCUUAUCUGUAGUUCAAGAAUAA